AGCGGUUGACGCCUGACACGUCCAUCCCUCUGGGCGCUCUCAUUGGACAAUCACAGCUCAAUCUCUACCGUGACUGGCUGCGAAAGAAGUCAAUCAAACUCGCUUUCGAAUAGUGGGACUGGGAAAUAACUUCUUCCUACGCGUCAGAGAAGUUUUGGAACACUGGCCAAACUUUUUUUGAGCCCUCCCCCCACCUCUCUCACACUCAUUCCUCUGUCCGUUCCGGUGGUAGACCCGUGAUGGAGACUCAGAGUUCUUAAACUGCGCCGGUAGAAAAGUGACUCCUCGUGGUCGAUUACGGCGAGGAUAAUAACGGUAAAAGAGAUCGAGAAUGGAGACGGUUGAGCAGCUCGUUUCGUUUAACCAUAUCCAAGUCCAGCUGAAGGGAGGCUCGCCUUGGGGCUUCACGCUGAAAGGAGGUCUCGAACACGGAGAACCGCUCAUCAUCACUAAAAUAGAAGAUGAUGGAAAGGCAGAACAGUGUAACAAGCUGAGGGUGGGAGAUGAGCUGGUGAAUAUUAAUGGAUCAGCCCUGUAUGGUUCACGACAAGAGGCCCUCAUCCUCAUCAAGGGAUCCUAUAGGAUACUGAAGAUCACCGUACGCAGACGCAGUAUACCUGUGAUCAGGCCUCACUCCUGGCAUCUGACCAGGCUGUCAUCAUCAGAGUCCCCCCCCAGUUCUACCCCUCUCCCCGCUCUCCCUGCCGACACCCUCCCCCCCCCCCCCUGCCCCCCCUCUGCCAUGCAGCUCCACCCUGGGCCCUACACACUACCCUGGCACUCGACAGCAGACACCAGUGAUCUGUCUAUCCAGUGGAAUCAGCUCUCCAGACACUACUCCACAGACCACAGCAGUUCUUUAGGUAGCAUGGAGAGCCUGGAGCCUCCUAGCAGCCAAGUGUACUACGAUUCCCAGAAUUCACCAGUGGACCCUGCCAUCUUCAACAACAAGAGGGACUACAAUUCCCCUGUUGACCCCGGCAUCUUCAACAACAAGAGAGACUACAAUUCCCAGAAUUCCAUAGUGGACCCUGCCAUCUUUAACAACAAGAGAGACUACGAUUCUCAGAAUUCCCCAGUGGACCCUGUCAUCUUCAACAACAAGAGAGACUACGAUUCCCAGAAUUCCCCUGUCGACCCUGUCAUCUUCAACAACAAGAGAGACUCUGCCUAUAGUUCUUUUUCAGCUAGUUCUAAUACGUCUGACUAUACUGUCUCACUGAGGCCUGGUGAAGCCUGUUCCAUGGACAAUAUCCUCCAGAGCCUGGGGCCAGGGGGGCCCACCAGCCAGGGGUAUGCCUGCGGCGAUACACCGUCCCUGGGGAGGGAGUCAGGCGAGCCCCAAGAUGAGACCAGGACCUCUGCCUUACUAAAGUCUGGGUCGCUGACCAGACCCAGAGUGAGGCGGCCAGAAGCGAAGGAGAGACCAUCUUCAUACUGUUAUGAGGACGAGAGGAGGAAGGGAGAAGGGGAGAUGGGUGGAGGAGAAGGGGAAAGGGAGGUUUCGAGUCCCCCCCAGCCACCGACCAGGAAGGACAGUUUCAGGGCCACCCGGGGUUGCUCCGGGGUCACAGAUGACAAAGUACAACGAUGCAUCCCUGACCCCGUCGGAAUUCCCAGCCUCUCCCAGUGCCAUGCCGACGACGAUGACGACGAUCUUCUGAACAUUCCGGGCGUUCUGAGCAACAACAGCUAUCCUGCUACUAGUGAGACGUCAAAGACUGAGGGAAACAGAAAUGGAAACAGGGUUGGGAAUUUCAAAGGUGAUUCCUUAGAGCAGUACUACACCCUUAUCUCCAAGAAAAAAAGUUCCCGUAAGGACAGCAACUCAUUGAUCCAGAAUAGCCACCCAGACCCCCUUUCCCCCCUCCUCCCUGCUCCAGAGAUAAGCCCCACUUCUCCCAUCUCAAGCCCCGGCCCUCCUGACACCUCCAUAGAUCCAGAACCCUUAGGGGAGCCCAGCCACCUCCUCCCCCAGAACAAGCACUCCUCAUUAGGUCUCUACAGACACAGCGCCCCUGAGAAACUCUUGUCCCAGCUACGUCUCCUAGAGUUCACCAGCGACCCCUCAGACCCUUCAGACCGUAGCUCCGCCUCCCCCUCCAGCUCCCAGUGGUCUCAUUCCCCCUUUCACCCCACCAGAGAGAACCUAUCUGAGGAUCUAGGGAGUAACAACGCCCCUGUCCAACUCCAGGAGAACCAGGGGAAGUGGGGAGAGGGUGCUGGAGGAGGAGGGAGUCGCUGCUCUUCCCCAGGAUCGGUGGACAUCGAUGGGGUUAGAGAGGCAAGGGAGAUGGGAUUGGUGGUGGGGGGAGCUGCUGCUACUCUCCUCUCUCCCAUCCAGCUCCAACACCCCUGGGCUAGGUCAUUGAGUGUACCAGGGUCAGAGAAGCCUUCUGGAGGCUGUAACCAGGGAGGAGUGAGCUCUGAGCGGGUACGGAAGACAGACUUUGGGCCUCUCAGUGCUGCAGCAAGUGUGGAUAGCUUACUUGAGGAGAAUCUGAGAGGAGGAGGAAGAGAAGAAAGAAGAGGAGAAAGAGAGGAUGAUGAUGAUGAUGGAGAGGUGCUGAUGAAGAAACCCAGGAGUCACCGUUCGUCCCGGUCACGCCGCCGCAGCGAACGCUUCGCCACCAACCUCCGAAAUGAGAUCCAGCGCAAGAAAGCUCAGCUGUCGAAGAGCAAAGGCCCAGGAGGGUUGCUCUACGGCGGGGAGACGGUCGAGGAAGAAGAGGGUCCUGACCUGGAGGACCUCCAGAUGGAAGAGGCUGACGACCUCAAGGAAAGGUGCUCCCAGGAAAGGUGCUCCCAGGAAAGGUGCUCCCAAGGCAGGUACACCUCGUCUGAUGACAGCCGAUCAGCUCCAGACCCUGGAAGUCUACUGGCCUCUACUUCCACACCCCAGCUCCACCAGCUGUCCCCAACCCCAGUUUCAGCUCUGCAACCCCCCAGGGAUGAAGAUCCUGAACCACCAGAGGACCAAGACCAAGCGUCAGACCCAUCCAGGACCACCCAGUGGUUGGUUCCAGCCAUGCCCAGCUGCGAUGUGGGAACCCAGGUGGUGGAGGAGCAAGAUCCAGCUGGUAUGGCUCGCCAAUGGAGGUGGACGCCCGAACACCAUCUCCAACUGGAAAUGGGCACCGACCGUCAGGGCGAGAGGGUUACAGGGGCCCUGGGGUUAUCAGGACGAGGAAGAGCAACCUCCUCCUCCUCUUCCUCCACCACCACUCGUUCUUCUCGUACGGAGGAGUGCGAUGUUCUUCCUUUCGCGGAUCGUUGUAAGUUCUUUGAGGAGACCAGUAGGAGUAUGUCUGUGUGGAAUCUGCCAGGCCUGACGAGUCGAAGACAGAGGCCAGAUAGACACGGGAGGCAGCCUCAUCCAUCCACGCUGGAGAACCAGGGAGGGGGCUACGGACAGGGAAAAGCCCAGCGGAGGUACUCAUACCAGGGGGGAAUCCAGAAGGAAAGUCCCCUAUCGAUUACAACCAUGGAGACCCGGAGACAAUUGAUUUGCAGCAACAGGGAUAGAGAAAAGGAGGGGGAGAGAGCGAAGGAGGGGGAGAGAGCGAAGGAGGGGGAGAGAGAGAAGGAGAGAGAGAAGGAGAGAGAGAAGGAGGAGGAGCAGAGACAAUGCGAAGAGAAGGCUAGACUGAGAGAGAGGGAGAGAGAAAGAGAGAAGGAGAUUGAGCUGGCGAGGGAAUGUGAGAGGGAGAUAGAGAGACAAGGAGAGAGGGAGAGAGAGUCACUCAGUACAGCUCGGGACCUCUACAACACUCGGACUCAGCUCCAGGCAUACCAGAAGAACCAGCCCCACUCCUGCCCCCAUCUCCAAGCCCAGAUAGAGGCCCCUCAUUCAGCCUUCCACCCUGUCAAAACCCCUCUCCUCCAGGACAACCAGGCUCCACAUCAGGGGUUCCUACCAUAUGGCUACACACCAACAGAGGAGUAUCCUGUCCCAUCCCAGCCGUUACCGCGGGAACAAACACAAAUCAACAGGAAGUUCAGCCUGACUGAGAGGGACUACCCACGGUACAGACGUGAUUCCUGCACCAGGCCACCAGAUUGUGCUAUAACAGUUACACCACACCACCACCACCAGUUGGGUCGGAGCGGCAGGCUGUCUGCCUGUAGUGUGGAUGAUCCCACGUCUUCAUCAUCGUCUUCAUCACUACGAAGCAGGGCCAUGUCGGAGAAUGAUCUACGUUUCGACUCCACAUACCACCGUGCUUCCCCCUCGGUUGCUACAGCGACACCGCUUUCAGAGCUGGAGGAGGGAGGCGGGGUUGGUGGAGUGGGAAGUGCUAGGGGAGUGGCUACCAGGAAGAAAACCCCACCCCCUCCCAGGCCGCCUCCCCCCAAAUGGGAGGAGUUCCAUCGAAGGAGAGCGUCCCACCACACCCUCUUCGCCUCUUCUCUCUCCUCCACCUCUUCUUCAUCAGUCCAUCCUCUCCCUCUCAGUCCACCAGAGGGUCUAUGCUCUCACUCUCCUCACACCCCCUGUCCCACAGAAACAUCCAAAAUGACGUAUCAGCGCUCUUACAGCCUCCCCCCUCAGAGGGAGGAGCUAGCGGGGUGCCAGCGCUGUAGCCUGAGCCAGCUCCAGGAACGCCCCUUUUCACAAGCCACGCCCAGUCCCCGGUUCACACGCAGGACCUUCCGGCCGGUGGCUCCACAACAUAGAGAGAGAGACACACCCACUCAUUACGACAACUCACUGCCCCCUCUACCACCAUCAGACAACCAAGCCAGGCUAUGCAACAAGGAUGAUCAAGAUCGCCCUGCUGUGUUGAAGCCCAUCUCUCAUAGACAGCAGAGGGCCGGUGCUGAGUGGGAGAGAACUCCAUCUCCCAGGGUGCAUAGCAUCUCAGCCCUCCCCACCAUAGAGAAUGGUGCUAUCUCUCUCGAGUCCUACUUUGCUAUGAGCUACGAGCAGCAGCAACAGCUACAGAACAGUAGAAGAUUCCGGAAUCAUCCCCACAACAACAAUAACAACAAACCAGAAUUGGAACCCGACUUGGAACUAGAACCAGGUUUUAGCCCGAGCUCCGCCCAGAGCUUGGAACAGGAAGUGGACAUCCCCAUGGAAACAGACAUUGACGACUUCCAGGAGGAGGGGCUUCCUGAGGAUGAAGAGCCAAUCAGGACAGAGCUCCAGUGUUUUGCUCUGCCUGUCACGGUUCUGGAGACAGACAUCGAUACGCUGCCUGACCAGGAGGCCUCGCAGGCGUGUAGGAAGACUGCAGAGAGUGGGUCCCUGGAUGGGGAGAUGGAGGACCAGGGGAUGGGGACCAGAGAGGGACUCAUGGAGGAGCUAUUCCCCCAGAGCGGUGAGGGCAAGGCGGGCACAGAGAGAUGGAGAGGGGCCUACCGUAGCUCAAACUCUGAGAAAAACACUGACAGCCUGGAUAGGCAUUCUGGUGCCAGCUCCAGUUGUUCGUCCUAUUAUUCUACCUCAGCAGCCAAGGCUCAGCUCCUCACUCAGAUGAAAGACUACUGCUCAGAUGCCAGAGAUACUGACCAUGAUGACCAACUGUCUUAUAAGAAACAGUUGAUGGAGAGUCUCCGUAAGAAGCUAGGAGUUCUGAGAGAAGCACAGAGAGGUCUACAGGAAGAUAUACGGGCUAACACACAGCUGGGAGAAGAGGUUGAGAGCUUGGUUGUAGUGGUCUGUAAACCCAACGAGGUGGAUAAGUUCAGGAUGUUUAUCGGGGACCUGGAUAAGGUUGUCAGUCUGCUGCUGUCUCUCUCUGGUCGGCUACUGAGGGUGGAGAGCUCCCUGGCCAACCUGGACGCUGAGACUGGACACCACGAGAGGCUCCUCCUCCUGGAGAAGAAGCGACAGCUACAGGUCCAGCUGUCUGAAGCCCAGGACCUGAAGGAACACGUUGACCACAGAGAGCAGGCUGUAGGAAGGGUCCUGGGACGAUGCCUCUCCCCAGAACAGCACCGUGACUACAGCCACUACGUGAAGAUGAAGGCAGCAUUACUGGUGGAACAGAGACAGCUGGAGGAGAAGAUCAGACUGGGAGAGGAGCAGUUAAGGGGGCUGAGGGAGAGUCUGGGGUUGGGGUUAGGGCUGUCCAUGGGCUAUGGACACUAUUAAACCAACCAGGAAACCUUAAAGCUGGGGUUAGGGCUGUCCAUGGGCUAUGGACACUAUUAAACCAACCAGGAAACCUUAAAGCUGGGGUUAGGGCUGUCCAUGGGCUAUGGACACUAUUAAACCAACCAGGAAACCUUAAAGCUGGGGUUAGGGCUGUCCAUGGGCUAUGGACACUAUCACAUUGACAUGGGAAGAGCCUCAGUCUUGGCUUGGGUGGUUGGUCUAGAAAUAGAGGAGAACCUUGCUGGACUGGUUAGGGAUGGGACAUGGGAGGAUGGGCCUGGGGCAUGGGCUUUACUGAAAGGCCAGGAAGAAGAGAAGGUUAGUGGGUUAUGGGAGAGCCUGGGCUUGGGGUUGGAGAUGGGCCUGGGGUAUAGGCACUAUGGGGAGACAGCCAUCCUACACACUGAGACCCUAGAGGAUGGGGAUAUGGGUACCACUGAACAACCCCAGUACGUCCUAAAAAAAAAGUGCUGCCCAACUUUUCAAAAAACACUUCAGUCCAUUUUUCUUGACACUCAAAACUUAUUGAGAGUGUUUUAAGUCUUCACUUGGUAGUAUUGGUGAAUUAAAAACACACACCUACCCUUUGGUGUUACAUUGGGGAUCAUUAACUUACCGACAUGAUCCUCACAAUCACACACACACUACGUGGUGAUGGACGUUGUUGUUGUUUAGUGAGCGUGUGUUCCUGAAGAGGCCUGGAGAAAGUAUUUAUUUAUUUAUAACUUCUCUGUAGACGACAGGGAGACUCUGGGGUGCUAGAAGAGUAUUUUUCCAUUAAACUGUUGAACAUAAUCAAAUAAUCUGUGCAGAAAAAGAGAGAAAAGCUCCUUCUUUCUCUCCACUCAUAAUCCAUUAUGUCCCAAUAUUAUCUCUACCAUACUACUUAGCAUCCAUGGACAACACAUUAUUCACUACAUACUCAG